CAUCCAUUGAGUUUCUUGGCUAGAGACUAUCGAAUCAACGUCACAACCCACACCAGCCGUGAUGGGGCUCGAUCAGGCAAGAAGCCAGAGUAGUGCAACGUAGGUGACACAAAGAUGCAUGCCCACGCCAAGACCAAGGCAUGGACACCGACGGACAGCCUGGUGCAUAUCUGACGACGGGAGGCUGAUCUCACAGACGGCCAAGGUGAGGGGAAAGGGCACCUUUUUUCGUGCGUGUGUAUAUAUGUGUGUGUAUAUGUGUGCGCGUGUGUAUAUGUGUGUGUGUGAGUGUAUGGAAAUUCUCCGCGCUAUGCCUCGGCCUCAAAAAUCAUAUGGCGCUUUGGGGGGUAACUACUUUAAAACCCCCAAGGGCUCAUCUGAAGAUUGGCCAAUGCUCGGCCUUGUUGCGUGGUGGACGGGGUGAGCGAUCCAGCCAAGACAAGCAGAGUUGUCGCUGGCAAUUAGUGGCAGCAAGAUGAACCCCUUCCCCAGCCCAUUUUUAAGGUUCUGUCGACAUGGAUUGCUCGGUAGCUUCGAUGGCAAUGCCACUGUUUCCUUAGCGGUCCGUUCUCUGCGUGAAGCGCAG